CUUCCGCCCUCACCUCAGAUGAAGUCGGAUGACGAACGAAAAUCGACGUAUUUUCGUUGCUGCUGAACUUUAUCUGUAUUUUACAGGAGUGCUCCACAAUGGUUCGACGUGUGGCAGUGGUUGGAGCAGGUAGUUCUGGGCUGGCCUGUAUCAAGAUCUGUGUUGAUGAAGGUCUGGAGCCUGUUUGCUUUGAAAGUAGCGAUGACAUUGGCGGUCUGUGGAAAUUUAAGGAGUCACCAGAGCCAGAGCGGUCCAGCAUCUAUCGCUCCUUGGUGGUCAACACCUCCAAAGAGAUGAUGUGCUACAGUGAUUUUCCAAUGCCCGCUGAUUAUCCAAACUACUUCCACAACUCCCAGCUGCUGCAGUAUUUCAGGCUCUAUGCUAAGCACUUUGACCUGUUCAGAUACAUCAAUUUUCAGACCACAGUAAAGAGUGUCACACAAAGGCCAGAUUUUUCUCUGUCUGGUCAGUGGGACAUAGUGACCAUUAACAGGGAAGGAAAGGAAGAGAGACACGUCUUUGAUGCAGUUCUGGUCUGUUCAGGCCACUACACCCAUCCGGUCCUACCACUGUCAGACUUUCCAGGACAUGAGACGUUUUCUGGCAGGUGUUUUCACAGCUGGGAAUAUAAAGAUGCAGAUGCCUUCAGAGAAAAGAGGGUGGUGGUGGUUGGCAUCGGCAAUUCUGGUGGCGAUAUUGCAGUAGAGACUAGUAGAUCUGCAAAGAAGACAUUUCUCAGCACACGCGAGGGGGUCUGGGUGAUAAGCAGGAUGUCCAGUAAUGGUCUUCCCCUGGACAUGACAGCUAUCACCAGGCUCAACAACAUCCUCACACUGCUUCUUCCAAGUACUCUGGUGAACUGGGCAACAGAGAGAGCACUGAACCAAAACUACGACCACAGACUGUACGGCCUGAAGCCCAGACACAGAUUUUUGGACAAAAGGCCUUUGAUCAAUAAUGAUCUUCCUGGUCAAAUCCUUCAGGGAGCGCUCGUAAUGAAGCCCAAUGUGAAAGGCUUCAAAGACUCUGGAGUUGUAUUUGAAGAUGGCACAGUGGAGGAGAACAUUGAUGCUGUCGUCUUCUGUACAGGUUAUAAAGUAAGCUUCCCAUUUCUGCCUCCAGCUCUAUCAGAGGGGCCUCACGGAGACAUGACAUUAUACAAGAGACUGUUUCCUCCUUCUCUAGUACAACCAACACUGGCCGUCAUGGGUCUUUUUCAAACAAAAGGACCAAUCAUGCCCAUUGUGGAAAUGCAGGCGCGGUGGGCUGUGAAGGUCUUUGCCGGUCUGAGCAGUCUUCCAUCCAAGGAGAAGAUGCUGGCAGUCAUUGAGUCUGAGACGAAGAGAAACAUGAAAAGCUACCCCUGCCACCGACAGGCUGCUCUCCAGGUAGAUUACAUCCCAUACCUGGAUUUUAUGGCCAAUGAGGUCGGGGUUCGACCAAAUUUUGUGACACUGCUCCUGAGAGAUCCUGUGCUCUGGGUGAAAGUCUUCUUUGGUCCCUGCACUCCAUAUCAGUAUCGUCUCACUGGGCCUGGACAGUGGGCCGGAGCCCGUCAGGCUAUCCUCACUCAGUGGGAGCGGGUGGCUCAGCCUUUCAGAACCAGAGUGGUACCAGAACCAGAGAGCAGGCCAUUUUCCUUCUGUUCUCCCUGGCUGCUCAUAUUUGGAGGAACUGUGAUAACGGCUGUGCUUCUGUCUAACAAUGAGGUUGUUCCAGUGCUGCAUGGUCCAGCUCAGAUUCUGGACAGGUGCAACAUCUUCCUAAAGGACUCCUGGUUCACUGGUUAAUGUAACAAUAUACACUAUACAUUAUAGAUCCACCAAAAGAUGCAGUCAAAGAACAGGUCUGAGAAUUCAUGAA